GAUGCUUAUUUAGUAGUAGUGCCUUAUCCUGGCCUUUGGCUUGCAGUGCACGGAGUGGCCAUUGCACGGAUUGUUCGUUAUCCUUCGUGACUGGACGAUAACGAUCAAUCACAAAAAAAAAAAAGGGCAUCGAUUUGAAUUGAACCGGACUUGCUGAUGGUGCAAGCCUCAUGCUACUGUUUCCAGGCGUGAGCCGCUGUUCAAGCAGCUGGCUGGCCCUGCUGAGCAAGGCACCUGCCACCUACCGCCACUCAUCCAAGACAUCAUCAUUCUUGUCAUCAUCAUCAGCAUUUGCGUUCAGACCCUCCCUCUGCUCGUACUGGCCAUAUUCAACCCGGGCUCAGCACAAGACUUGGACGGGUCAGAGGAGUCUCUUCUCAUCUAGUCCCAUCUCGUUCAUUUCAGUCAGAUCCUCUUCCUCCUCGAGCUCAUUGAAGCGCAAUCAGGUGGCUCCAUCCGAGGCCAUGGCUCCUGUGGAAGGAACUGGGGUCAAGGCCAAAGUGGAGGGUCUGAUUAAAGGCCAUACGGUUAUGGUCUUCUCCAAGACCACUUGCCCUUUCUGCGAUCAAAUCAAGGACCUGUUCAAGCAACGGGAGAUUCAGGCCGAAUACCUGGAGCUGGACACGCUGGGCCAAGAAGGGACCGACAUACAAGAGGCUCUUCUGGAGAUCUCCGGACAGAAAACUGUGCCCAAUGUGUUCAUAAACGGCAAACAUUUUGGUGGCUGCAGUGAUGCCUUGAGCGCGGAUUCCUCCGGACAGCUCAAGGGCCGGAUUCGAGCUGGAUUCCAUGACUAUCAGUUCGACACGAUAGUGAUUGGCGGCGGAUCUGGAGGGCUAGUGGCCUCCAAAGAGUGUUCUCGUCUUGGCCAAAAGGUGGCAGUGUUCGACUUUGUUCAACCCACUCCCCUGGGCUCCACCUGGGGCUUGGGGGGUACGUGUGUGAACGUGGGCUGCAUUCCCAAGAAGCUCAUGCAUCAAGCCGCUCUCCUGGGAGGCAAUGUUCAAGACGCUCAGAUGUUUGGUUGGAGCCUGUCCGGCGAUAGCAAACCCUCCCUGGAUUGGCCCAAGAUGGUGGAGGCCAUCCAGAGCCACAUUGGAUCCCUCAACUGGGGCUACAAGGUGGCCCUCCGGGACAAGAAGGUCAAGUACUUGAACGAGUAUGCUCGCUUUGUGGACGCCCACACCAUCAAGGGCGUCAACAAGAAGGGCAAAGAAACCGAAUACACUGCUCAAAACUUUGUCUUGGCCAUGGGCGGACGGCCCAAGUAUCCGGACAUUCCUGGCGCCAAGGAGCUGGGAAUCACCUCUGAUGAUCUGUUUUCUCUGCCCUAUAACCCGGGUAAGACGCUCUGCGUGGGCGCCAGUUACAUCUCGCUGGAGUGCGCAGGGUUUUUGAAAGGGGCCGGUCUGGACACGACCGUGAUGGUACGGUCCAUUCUGUUGCGAGGCUUCGACCAGCAAAUGGCCAACAAGAUCGGCGACUACAUGGAGGAAGAGGGUGUCAACUUCAUCCGAGAGUGCGUCCCAUACAAGAUGGAACGGGUAGAGGAAGGUCAACCCGGCAAGAUCAAGGUGUACGCCAAAUACAACGAUGGCACGGAGUUCACGGAUGUGUUCAACACGGUCCUGUUUGCCAUCGGUCGGGAUCCGUGCACUUCAGGCUUGGGCUUGGAGGAGGUUGGCGUGAAAUUGGCCAAGAAUGGGAAAAUCAUUCACGACGAAGCCGAAAGAACGUCCGUGUCCAAUAUCUAUGCCAUUGGAGACGUUCUCCAGGACAAGGCCGAGCUGACCCCACUGGCCAUCAAGCAGGGUAUGCUUCUGGCUCGCCGUAUCACAUUGGGUGACAAGUUGCUCACACAUUACGAGAACAUCCCCACCACAGUGUUCACGCCCCUCGAGUAUGGGUGUGUCGGCCUCUCCGAGGAAGACGCCGAGGCCAAGUAUGGCCGAGACGAUAUUGAGGUGUUCCAUAAGAACUUCUGGCCCUUGGAAUGGACCCUGGCCAAGCGCUCGGAAGCGGCUUGCUAUCUCAAAUUGGUGUGCCGACCCUCUGAGGACAUGAAAGUGGUGGGUUUCCACUAUCUUGGCCCCAAUGCGGGUGAGAUCACGCAAGGCUACGCCGGCAUGAUGGUCAUGGGCGCAAAGAAGGCCGACUUUGACCGAAUGGUCGGCAUCCACCCCACCAACGCGGAAUGGUUUAUCAGCAUGGAUAUCACCAAAAGCUCCGGAGUCUCGCCCACUGCAGCGGGAUGCUGAGGUUAAAGUGAGCUACCCAUUUCAAGCCACGCAAAGAGAGCCCUCAUGACCUCUCUUCUGGCCUUUGAAAGUGGUAGCAGAAGCAGUUAGUGCUCGCCCACUAACUAACCUCCGUUUUAUGGCGCUCCAAAGUCUUUCGUUAUGACGCUUAAAUUCGCAAGCCAGUUUCCACAUUGGUGAAUUUGAACUGAUGAGAAGAGCUGGAGCCAGCCAUGUUCUAAUCCAUCCCUGAUCGGUGCCUCUUUGAACCUUUUUUUGAUAUGUAACCCGCAAAAUCAUACGAAAUCCCUUUCUAGACUUAGACUUAUUCUUCGUACAACGUAAAGUACAGUAUGUCGCUGACAAUAAAAGCUUCUAGUGUUCGUUCA